CUUCUUAUACGUCGAGUGAGAAGAAUAUUUAAGGCUCGCUGUUAAAAAUGCCCCCGAAAAAGAAAAGGGACACUGUGAUGCUGGAACUGGAUCUCGCAGAAUCGGAGCCGAAAAUCGUGGAGCCGGCUGAGCCAGAAACCACAAAAUCGAGGGUAUCCUUGACGGUCGGGGAAACAUAUGGUCCUCGAGUACGUCUCAUCAGCGAACAAGCUGAAGAGGAGAGCUCGGACGACGAACUGGAGUCGGAGAGCGAAGAGGAGGACAGAUACCUUCAGAGGGACCAGCCGGAGGUGCCUUCCGAGUUUUGGCACAUACAGAAGCUCAUCAAAUACAUGAAAGCUGGCAACCAGACCGCUACCAUGGUGUCCUUAUGCCUCCUGAAGGAUUACGAUCUUAUGAACAAAGAUAUACAGAAGACUAUUCAGGGGAUGGGUGGUCUCGAGGUCCUCGUGAACCUCCUCGAAACGAAGGAUAUCAAGUGUCAGAACGGUUCGCUGUCGGUUUUGCUGCAAAUUGCGACUUCGACAGAAAUGAAGCGGCAUCUGAUUGACUUGGACAUCACGACGCCGUUAAUUCAGAUGCUGAAGCAUCCCGCCAGAGAUAUUCAGGUUCUGGCGACCGAGACGAUGGCGAUUAUAGCUCAGGUGCGGAAGGCCAGGAAGCAGAUUCGAAUUCGCAGCGGAAUACCGCUCAUACUAGACGUGAUGGACGUGCCGGACGAGGUUCUCCGUCGCCCGUACGACGAAUUGAACGAGACCAACAAGGAACUCGUGGCGGUCGCCGUGGGUUGCGCUAAGGUCCUGGACUCCCUCAGCAGUAGUCCAAAGGUCAAAGAGGAGCUGCGCAAGCACGGCGUCGUUCGCUUGAUGUCGCGCUUCUUAAGAUCCAGGCACACCCAGCUGAUCGUACCUACGAUGGGCGUCGUGCAGCAGUGUGCUGAUCUGAACGUCUUCAGGGAGGAGUUCGAGCGGGUCGGCAUCAUCGACGAGCUGGUGCGCCACUUGAAGAACGACAAUGUCAAGCUCAAGGAGAACUGCGCCCUGGCGAUCUUCAAGUGCGCCUCGAACCAGGAGACCCGCAACAGGGUGCGAAAGUCCGGCGGCCUGGACCCGCUGUGCCGGCUCGUGCAGAGCGAUUUGGUCCGCGCCAAUAAACACCUGUUGGCCGCGGUGACUGGUGCCGUUUGGAAGUGUGCCAUGAGCCCGGAGAACGUGACGAGAUUCAAUCAGAACGACCUGGUGACGUUGCUGGUGCCACUUCUCGAGGAGAACGAGGACGAACGAGUCUUGGCCAACGUCGUGGGCGCCCUCGCCGAGUGCUGUAAAGAUCCCGCUAACAGGACCGUCUUGAGGACUAACGAAGGCCUGCCGAAACUGAUCCGCUUGUUGAGCGCCACGUACGAGCCAUUGCUGGAGAACGUGCCGCUGGUGCUGAAGGAAUGCGCCGUCGACGAGAUGUGCAUGGACAUCAUCAACGACUCGGAGCACCGGCUGGACGGCGUGCGACUGGUCUGGUCGCUCUUGAAGCACCCCAGCGACGUGAUCAAGCGAAACGCCUGCCUCGCUCUGGUACCCUGCAUCAAGCACGCCAAGGACUCGCCCGAGAUGGUGCGCGCCUUCGUGGGCGGCUUGGAGCUCACCGUCAGCCUGCUCGAGAGCGGAAACAUGGAGGUGCUUAGCGCGGUUUGCGCCAUGAUUGCGGAAAUCGCCGCCGACCCGGAGAACCUGGGCAUCCUGACGGAUCACGGCGUCGUGAAGAAGUUGGCGGGCCUCGUGGGAACCGAGGACGAGAAUCUGCGGGCGAACCUGACGUUAGCGAUAGCUUAUUGCUGCGAGUGGAACCGGAACAGCUACGAGUUCGGCAAACUGAACGCGGUCGCACCGCUCGUUAAUUACAUGACCAGCAAGAACAAGAGUGUGCUGAAGGGCGUCUGCAUCGCCGUUUACCAUUUGAGCAAGGAGCCCCUGAAUUGCGUGACUAUGCACACCUGCAGCGUGAUCAAGCACGUUUUACGCCUGGUGGGCUCGGACGACCCGGAAGUGCAAAUCGCAGCUGCGUCCACCAUACGCCACAUAAGGAAGCUCGCGUUGACGGCGGAGAAGUUCCACUUCAAUGAAACAAGCACGCUACAAGAAACCGACUUCCGUCUGUGAAUUGAAUUACCGCCACGGGAGGAGGAGACGGA